AUGGAGCAACUACAGAUAAUAAAGAAAAAACAAGUUGGCUUCUUACAGGCCCUCAAGAGAGAACUUCUUACUGAGUGUCUUAUUAUUGAAUGGAUGGAGGCUUUCUUCUCUCAUUUACGAUUAGCCUUAGGUCCUUCUGACUAUCUAAGUUAUCAACACCGUCAUGACUUAUUGGCAGCGGAUUUAUUUGGUGGCCCUGUCCGUAUAGAAACUUCUCGUGAAUUUCUUCCUCCAUGGGUAACAGAGAAACUUUUCCUUGAGGGACAAUUUAGGGUUUGUAAUACUCCUUUUACUGUCCCUGAGCUAACAGCUUCUCGUGUUGCUGAUGAUGACGUGCUUCGUGUAUUUUUAAAGGUAGUAGAUAAGACAGGAAGAAGGAGACUAAAAUUAAGAGAGAAGAAGAAAAUAAUUAAUAAAGAAAAAGGGUUUAGAUUUAUAUCUAAUGAGGAGGAAAAAGAAGAAGGAGAAGGAGGAGGAGAAAGAACAAAAAAAGAAGAAAAAGAAGAAGAAAAACAACAAGAAGACGAAGAAGAACAAGACAGCAGCAGCAGCAGCUCAGGAUCAGGGGAGGAGAUGGUGAUGGCAGAAAGAGAUCCCGAGAUCUGCAAGUAG